AUGGCUACUUUGCGGCGCCAACCAAGAUCCAGAACAGCCUCAACUCGGCAGGAUCGUGGUUCCUGCUCUUCUACUGCUUCAUGCCCUGUUUUCUCCGGACCAUACAGUGACCAAGAAGAAGACCCUCCAAUACGCCGCCAAUCCUCUCCUUUACUCAAAGGCUCUCUCUCAAAUAUACACAUCUCUAUCUGUCCAAGCCCCAAAGGUUCUCUUUCCAGCCUCCAUGGGUCUGUUACCUCCCUCCAAGGAUCAUUACCAAGUCUCCAAGAAUCUCUGCCCAGCUUCCAGGGCUCUUUACCCAACUUACGGGAAUCAGUCUCUCGGUUGAAGAGGCGGUCACUGGGCAGCCUGGACAACUCCAACCAUAGCCUUAGCGAGAGGAGUACCAGCCCCAGCUUACAAAGCGGCAAUGGCAGCUCUAGUGAUGAUGAUGGCAGCUGGGACACAAAUAGCUGGAGCUCAGGGGCCACUUGCCUCCUACGAACACCUGUUAAACAAGAUAGCAAUGAGACAUCAGGGGAAUCAGGUGGAAAGUCUUGCACCACUGAGCAGGCUGAACCUGAAAUAAUUUACCAAAAUCUUAUCUUUUCACGCCCUGCUGCUACAACUGAAAGCAAAGCAGAUUGUGCUCCAGAGAGGACUUCCACAGCACUAAAAAAAGAUGUAGGAACCCAAAGUGUUUCCUCUUCGUGCCUGAGCAAGAAUUCUGCUACCGCCUCAUCCUAUCAGAAAGACAACAAGACAGAGGAGAGGCGUAAAUUCUCACAGUUUCUGAAUGAGGUGACCUGCAGGGUGCUGAAAACGAAUGGUGGUCCUCCUCAACAACAGUCCACCCUCCGACAUCGCCACCCAUCUCCUCCACCACCACCACCAUCAACCCCUUCUCACCCACCACUAACCACUCUACAUUCAACACCAGCAGUCACUCCACCAUCUGCAUCAGCGACAAACAUGUGGUACAGCCCGACAAGCUCAAACCUCCAGACCAUCAAGGAGUAUGAUUCAAAGGACAUUACCAGCUCCAUCCACCAAUGGAGCAAGACAUUACCCAGCUGUAAGAUCUUGGAACCUGGGGAUGAGUUGAGGAAAGUGAAAGGGGAAAGUCACUCAUACCCAGAGCACGACCUGGAACUAUGUACAAAGAUCCAAGCGCAGCCCUCCACUGGGAGACUUUAUCUAGAGACAGACAUUGACAGAGUGAGACAACUUGAUGAACUGGUAGCUAAUGGUACCCUGGGGAAAGAGAGGAGUGAGAAAGGACUGGAGAAGGGUAAGGAGAGAGGAAAAGAGAGGGAAAACAAGAAUCUGUGGGAGAGAAAUGGAGGCUUUGGGGUAGAGAAAGGGAAGGAGAGGGACAGGAGAAAAGAGAGCCCUUGGGAGAGAGACAGAGGAGCCGACCAGCAGCAGCGACAGCAGCAGAGGCAACGACUAUACACACAUGAGAGCCGAGGCAGAGAGAAAAAUAUGAAAAAGAUAUAUAUUGGCAAAACUGCCCUUAAAACCCAGAGAAAUGGUUGCAAACAUCAAAAAAGAAGCUCUUUCCACGACCACAAGGAUGACCUUCGCAAGCGCCUCUCCUACACCACCCACAAACUAGAGAUGGUGGAAACAGAGUUCGACUCCACUCGGCAGUACCUGGAGACGGAGCUGCGCCGGGCCCAGGAGGAACUGGAGAAAUUCACUGAGAAACUACGCAGGAUCCAGAGUAGCUAUGCAGCUCUUCAGAGGAUCAACCAGGAUUUGGAGGACAAGAUGCACAGGACGUCCCAGCACAAUGAAGAGGAAAAGAGGGCCCUCAGCCGGGAGAUCAUUGUCCUCAACAACCACCUAAUGGAGGCGAAGAUCACCAUCAAUAAACUCAGAGAGGACAAUGACCUGUACAGGAAAGACUGCAACCUGGCAGCCCAGCUGCUGCAGUGCUCCAAGUCUCACUACAGAGCACAUAAGAUGUCUGAGCUGCCACAGGAUUUCCAGGAACGCAUCAGUUCCCACAUGGAGAAACAUAAUUGGGGUAGUGGAGCCACCAUGGGCAUUUGUCACUCCAACUACCCUGACGCAGUGCCCACAUCCAUAAUUGCCAAGGUCCUGGAGAAGCCUGAACCAGGAAGCAGUUGCCCUGUGACACGCUCGCCCAGCCCGCUGCCGCAGGAUGGAGACUUUCUAACAGGAACAGGAAGCACUGAUCACCUGCACCGCCGCAUCGCAUACAAGAACUCUGACUUAUAUUGCAGCGACACGGCCCUCUAUUGCCCCGAACGCUGGCAAGACACAGAGCGCAGACAGAGCAUCGACCUCCAUGGCAACGGGCUGCUUCAGUUCCACGGCCAGAACUCCACUGACAGCAACCCAGACGAGGAGGCCUACCACUCUGGAAGUUUCUCCCACCAUGAGCCCCCAUCCUCCUUCCAGCACCACGAUGACUUUGGCACUGGCAGCCUCCCAGCCUCUAGUUCCUACUCUAGUUUCAGCCUUGCAUCGGAUGAGAAGGGUGGAAUUAGUGGUGGGUGUGGGCCCACUACCAGCAGCACCUUAUCCUCUUCCCACCAAGGUCUCUAUAUGAACUGGCAAGAUGGUGGCAGUGGGGAGUACGAGCGCAAAAGCAUGUCCUCUUAUGAUAAAGACAGCCCAAGCUUCCCCAAGUCCCAUAGCAUCCAGCACAUGAUGAUGCCCAGGAGUCCGCAGAAGGGCACCUCACCAGCGUACACAAGGACGGCUUCAUGCUUCAGUGAGCCAUACCACUCCAGUGCCCCUCGCCUGGCAUCCUCUCACAGCAUGGGGUCCACAACCAGGUUAGGCCAGGCACGUGGUGGAGCUCUGGACAGCAGAGGUGACAUCCAGGUCACUGAGGACGACUUGAACAGCCGCUGGAGACAGCUCAGCGUGGAAGACAUCAACACAUUCUCAUCUUAUCGUAACAUCACAGGGCGGGUCUCUCCGUACAGUUUCUCGGAGCGCCAUUUUGCCAUGGGCCCCUCUGGUAAGGUUAAGGGGUCUCUCUACAGCAGCUUCCAAGAAGGAGAUGACGUCUUCCACAGCCAGGUGCUGGACCAGUGUUUCGCUGUGGGUCCCCCUUCGCCUAGCUGCAGUCCCAAACAUCCUCCAGUGGAGCAUCGCAAGCAGGAGAAAACCUCUGUGCUGUACAGAGCCAAGGAAGACAGUCAGGACUCUGAGUGCAGUCUGUUCCCCUCAGGGAGCUCUAAGGAGAAGGAGAGCAGUGGGGGACCGACAGUGGCGAGCAGUGCCAAGAAGGACUAUGUGAAUCUGAGUGCAGACAGCUCGGCUGAGUCCUUACACCAAAGCUCCCUAGAAGCCUCAAGUCUCCAGCACUAUCCCAGCCCCAGGCCGAGCGUGCGGCCUCGCCCGAGUUCUAGCUCUGCUCUCAGUGUUGGCCCUGCACUCCCAAAGAAGACCUCUCCAAGAUACCAAAAAUUUGGCAGCACAGGGCUGACGAGGAAGGACAGUUUGACCAAGGCACAACUAUAUGGUACACUGCUGAACUGA